AAUGGGACAGACAGCAGAAAGAAAAUGUAUUUCUUACUAUAUACAAAAUGUGAACAUUUUAGGUUGAUCUACUUUCUUGGAUGGUGGCAUAUACAUACAUGAUCGUGCUGAGGGGCAGACUGACCAUUUGGAAGCUCAGGCACUGCCCAAGGGCCCAGGGUCAGUAGGGGGCCCUAUGAGAUGCCCCUGGUACCUUUUUCAUAGGCAUGCGUUUGAGUUUGGGCAAGGACACGGGGCCCCAUGAUCCCCUAUUGCCCGGGGGCCCCAUGAGUUGUCAGUCCACCCGAGUGAACCCCUGUUUUUCAGCUGAAACCUACACUAAAAUCCAAAAAAGCAGUGGCAUCAGCCCAGACCAAUUC